GCGUAUCAAGCGAACGGGCAGACGAAGGAGGCGAUCCAGCUGCUGGAGCAGGUCGUUGCGAUCGAGAAGACAUCGCUCGCGGAGGAUCAUCCGUCACGGCUUGCAUCGCAGCACGCGCUGGCCGGGGCGUAUCAAGCGAACGGGCAGACGAAGGAGGCGAUCCAGCUGCUGGAGCAGGUCGUUGCGAUCCGGAAGACAUCGCUCGCGGAGGGUCAUCCGGACCGGCUUGGAUCGGAGCACAGCCUGGCCAAAGCAAUUGAAGCGAGCAGGCGCCUUGAAGAGUCA